UCUUGGUCUUGCCCAUGUAAUCCCAACCAGUUUAACCGGUCACCGGUCAUGGUGCAACUCAGCGACGGCACUCAUGCUCACACAGAACUAAAACCUUGUUCUUCUUCAGCUUCGUUGCUUGUUCCAGCUAGUUCGAGCUUGGAUCUUUAUCAGCCGUCUGAUCAAACACUCCCACUGAUCGGGAAACUAAACAACGGCUACGAUUAUCCACCCACCAUCCAACUAAGUGGGGUACACAAACAGCACAACAAGCAAGAUCCUUUGGAUGAGAAGGUUAGAGGGGAAGAGAAAGAGAGUGGAGACAACAAAAGUAAUCAUAUCAGCAAAGGAGAUAUCUUGCUUGAUUCUCAACUCUUUCCAUCAUCAACUACUUUUGCUCAAGAUGGGAGAUGGUGCGAGGGAGAGAAAGCUAUUCCAUUAAAGAAAAGGAAAGGAAGGUUAGAGAAUGUUGGUGUGGAGAGUAAUGAUAGUAAGAAACCGAAGAGUAAGAUGAAGACGAAGCUGAAUAAGAGAUGUUGUAUGAGAAAAGACAACGAUGAAGAUGAAAAAAGCGAAGCAAAAGUAAAUGAUAUUAAGAAGAGGGUGACAAAAAGGGGAAGUGCACUAAUGGAAGGUUCGCGGUGCAGUCGUGUUAAUGGAAGAGGAUGGAGGUGUUGUCAACAAACACUAGUUGGUUAUUCUCUUUGUGAGCAUCAUUUAGGGAAAGGAAGGUUGAGAAGCAUGACAAGUGUUAGAAAUAGAUCUAUCGGAGUUUCUACUACUAUUACUACUACUGCACCAAACAAUGAUGUUGAUAGAGAUACUAGUGCUUCAUCAUCUAAUUCUGAUAUUGUAAGGAAAAUCGCUUCUGGGAAUGAUAUUGUUGAUAAGUUGAAGAAUGAUGGUGCUGAGAAGAAGCCAGUGAUAAUGAUUAAGAAGAGAAUGAAACUUGGAAUGGUUAAAGCAAGAUCCAUGAGCAGCUUAUUGGGACAGACAGACAACAAGGUUGUUAUAGUUGAAGAGAAUAACAAGUGGAAGAGAGAUGCUAUGAUGGGAGGAUAAGAGCUAUCUAAGGGGUGAAUGAGGCUAAUAAUUUGGAAUUGGAGCCAGCUAUUUGGUAGGCCAGUGGUAUUUUAAAAUGGAUAUGGAUUUGGGAAAAGUUUUAAACUAAAGUCAUCCCAUAAUAAUGCUUCAAAAAGAUAAUAAGGCUAAACACAAUUUCAGAAGUCUUGGUUGUGAGGGCAUAGGGCAUGUAAAUGCCUUUACUUAAAACUAGUGGUAAACCCGUGCGUCCGCACGGGUUCUGGUGUGGCUUGGACUGAA